GACUAGCGAACUACAUUACCCGUCGGCCGCCGCAGUUUCCGAUCUGGCCGGUUGUAGGGCGGCGUUGCGGGGGCCGCGCGCUGGCCCGGUUUGAAUGUCGGUUCCGAUUUAUGCCAUUAUUGUUGUCUCGCCUUUCCUCUCCUCCCCCACCGCCUCCGGUGCUGUUAGAGGUCGCUGUCCCCUGAGCAGAAUGCAGUGGAGGCUGGGUCGUUGGAUUUAUUCAAGAGAGAAUUGGAUUUUUGAUAAACAGGGGAGCCAAGGAUUAAGGGGGAGCAGGCUGGAAAAUGGAGUCGAGACCACUACUAGACCAGUCAUGAUCUUAUCGAAUGCCACCUACUCUGAACACUCCUUUGCACAACUUCAGACCUGAGCUGAUCCCAGCGUAAAAGAUGGAGGGAGUUCAGUCGCAUGUGUGUUUACACGUGUUGGAAAAUCUGGGUCCUAGGAUUCAAUAAGCCAUUUAAUCCCUUAAUUGCAAAUUCCAAAAUGGUUGAAUCUCUGCCGUCAGAAUUCACCCUUCAAUUAAUAGAAAAUUGAAGACUUCCAGCAAACAUUGUGAACAUGGAAGAAACUGACCGGGAAGCUGUGUGGACAGCUGCACAGCGAGUGGCUGGGAUGCUGCAGCGGCCUGAUCAGCUGGACAAAGUGGAGCAGUAUCGCAGACGGGAGGCUAGGAAGAAGGCCUCUGUGGAAGCUAGGCUGAAGGCAGCCAUCCAGUCCCAGUUGGAUGGAGUGCGGACAGGGCUUAGCCAGCUUCACAAUGCCUUAAAUGAUGUUAAAGACAUCCAGCAUUCCUUGGCAGAUGUCAGUAAGGACUGGAGACAGAGCAUUAAUACAAUAGAGAACCUGAAGGAUGUGAAAGAUGCUGUGGUCCAGCACAGCCAGCUGGCAGCUGCUGUAGAAAACCUCAAAAACAUUUUUUCAGUUCCAGAGAUUGUGCAGGAGGCCUGUGAACUGAUUGAACGAGGAGAACUGCUUUCAGCCCAUCGAAAACUGAUGGAUCUGGAGUGUUCCCGCGAUGACCUUAUGUAUGAGCAGUAUCGUAUGGAUAGCAAGAACACACAUGAUAUGAAACUCAUCCAGGCCUACUUUACUGAAGUGCAGAACCUCUCGGAGCAAAUGGGCAAGCAGAUCUGGAUGCUGGUGCAGAGGUCUUCAGUAACAGUCCGCAGUGAUCCGGCCCAGCUCGUUUCAGUGAUUCGAAUCAUUGAGAGAGAAGAAAAGAUCGAUAAGCGGAUGCUUGACCGUCAGAAGCAGACAGGGUUCAUUCCGCCUGGCAGACCAAAACGGUGGAAAGCCAGGUUGUUUGUGGUGCUGGAACAGACUGUUGCCAAUCGGAUUGAGGCCAGUCAGUCUGAUACACGGGAACUAGACAAAAUGUGGCUUGUGCGUCAUCUGGAGCUCACGCGCAAGUACGUUCUUGAGGACUUGCAGGUCACGAAGAACUUGAUGGUGCAGUGUUUUCCCCCUCAUUAUAACAUCUUCACAAAACUUCAGCAUUUGUAUCACCAGGGACUAGUAGCGCGUGUGGAGGAACUUGCCUCUGAGGACUUGGAGGCCAAUGAGAUUGUUUCACUACUGACCUGGGUUCUAAAUACGUACCACAGUGCAGAUAUGAUGGGACAUCCAGACCUAGCUCCUGAGGUGGAUGUGAAGACUCUGGAACCCUUACUGUCGAAUGAUGUGGCCAAUAUGCUUCUUAGCAAAUACAUGACAACUCUUACAUCUAACAUUAUUGGUUGGCUCCGGAAAGCACUUGAAACUGACAAGAAGGAUUGGAAAAAAGAGCAAGAGCCAGAAGCAGAUCAGGAUGGAUACUAUCAGACCACACUGCCAGCUAUUGUAUUUCAGAUGUUUGAACAGAAUCUACAGGUGGCUGCUCAGAUCAGUGAUGAUCUGAAACUUAAAGUGCUGACGUUGUGCCUUCAGCAAAUGAACUCUUUCUUGAGCAGGUACAAAGAAGAAGUGACUCUAUAUAAAGAUGAUCAUCUGAAGGAUCGCCAGAAUCCUCAGUUUUACAUUCAAUACAUGAUUGCAGUUGUUAACAACUGCCAGACUUUCAAAGAAUCUGUCAAUAGUUUGAAGAGAAAAUAUACAAACUAUGAGUUAGUGAUGGAGGAAGAACAUUUUGCUAAUCAACCAACAAUAGAGGUAACUCUGGAUACUAUUGCCAAGGAUGGAUGUGCCUAUUUGCUGGAUGAAGUCUUUCUUGACUUGGAGACCCAUCUCCAGGAGUUGAUGACCAGAAAAUGGCUUGCCGGCUCUAACGGUGUGGAUAUUAUUUGUGUUACCAUUGAGGAUUAUUUCAAUGACUUUGCCAAAAUUAAAAAGCCAUACAGCAAGGAAAUAACAAUAGAAGCUCAUCGAAGGGUUGUGGUGGAGUACAUCAGAACUAUGAUGCAAAAAAGGAUCACCUUUAGGGGUUUGGAUGAGCGCAGAGAGGGGGCUGAGAGAGUGAUCAAAGACGCGGAGCAGUUUCGAUUCUUGUUUAAGAAACUUUCAGCCGGCUUUGGAGAGGACACUGAUCUGCUGUGUGAUGCUAUUCCAGCUCUGGCUGAAGUCCUGAAGCUCACUGAUCCAUCUUUAUUGUGUCUUGAGGUCUCUACAUUGGUUAACAAAUUUCCUGACUUCAGGGAAGAACACAUAACAGCACUAAUGGCAAUGAGAGGAGAUGCCAGCAGGGAAAUGAAGCAGACUGUCAUUGAAAUUUUGUGGCAAAAUCCAACUCAUCCUGGUCCUAAUUUUAAGCCAAUCUUCAAAGAUAUUUCAGUACAAAAUUUAACACUGUCAAAAUUAGUCAAGUGAAAUGUGCAUUUUGAAAGUUAAUAUAUAUAGUAGACCCUCACUCAAUACAGCUGCAUUUGGGAGGCAUUAGAAAAAAUUAUAAGCAUCAGUAUGCUUUUCCUGGAAUAAUUUUAAAUCAUCAGUACAAGCCUUUCCUCUUUCAAAAUUUCAGUACGAGCCUUUCCUCUUUCAAAAUUUAUUCUUGAAUUGUGAAAUGAGCGCGUUCUACUAAGGAACGAGAUGCCGGUGUCAUUCAGUGGGCUGUGUUCAUGUUAUGUCAUCUGAGCAGCUCUGUGGUAACUUUCUGACCUCAUUGGAUCGCCACAAGACUAGCUGUGGCUUCACUAUUUUGUUAACUAAAAGUACCUGGAAAACGUUUCACAUACACAAGUAGGGCUGGACUGCUUUUAAUAAGCUUAUUAAUGAGGGUGCCAGAAGAAAUGAGAUACAACUACGUUAUUCUUGAGGGGCUACUUUAUAUGUAUUUUUUGCCUUUUGUCUUCUGCAGUUUUGAGGACAGAGUAAUUAAUGUCACAUUUUGGAAGACAAAGAAUGAGUAAUGUAUUUUUAUGUAUGCACACUUGUACAGAAUUUAAGGUGUAUAUUCAUUAGCAAAAUGGAUCGGCUGUUUUGCUGUGGGUUUUUAAAAUCUGAUUUAAAUAGUCUGCAGUAAAAUAAGUUUGCAAAUAUACAUUUAACAUGAAACUAAACUAUAGGAUGUUUAACGGUGAACAUUUCAAAAAUGUUUUUGUGAAGUUGUUGUUCUUUUGACAAGUUCAGUCUGUAAAAAAAAAACCACAAUAAAGCAUUGGUGUAAAGGU